GCUGGUCUUCCCCACGCCACGCCACGCCAUCGGACAUGUUUGCCAAGGCUUUUCGGGUCAAGUCCAACACGGCCAUCAAGGGGUCGGACAGGAGAAAGCUUCGGGCUGAUGUGACGGCUGCUUUCCCGGCUCUAGGAGCAGGUCAGGUGUCCGUGUUGGUACCUGGAAAGGAGGAGCUCAACAUUGUGAAACUGUAUGCUCACAGAGGGGAUGCCGUGACUGUGUACGUGAGCGGCGGCAACCCCGUCCUGUUUGCACUGGAGAAAUACCUGUGUCCGACAGAAGUUUCUGAUGGGCGGAGCUUCUAGUAAUCCCUUUAAUUUCCAAACUGGGUUUCAACUUCCUUUUAGAGCAACUGCUUUCCUGCUCUAAUCACAACGUUUAGCAGAAGAGAAGCUGGCAUAGUGUGAGCAGUGACAACUGAUUAAUGUGUCCCUAAGGAUCUUGAAAAUGAGAUUUCUAGCACAGAUUGUUUGGCUUAUGUGGUGGACUGUUUGUGUUGCAGAAGAUUGUGAAGGACCACCUCCAGGAAAACAAAAUGAAAUUUUGUCAGGUGUCUGGUCUGAACAAAAAUAUCCAGAGGGAACUCAAGCUACAUAUAAAUGCCGGCCUGGAUAUAGAACUCUUGGAGCUAUCGUAAUGGAAUGCAAGAAUGGAGAAUGGGUGGCUCUUAAUCCGUUGAGGAUAUGUCAGAAAAAGCCCUGUGGACAUCCUGGAGAUACUCCUUUUGGUACUUUUCAUCUUGCAAGAGGAAGUGAAUUUGAAUAUGGAGCAAAGGUUGUUUACAAAUGUAAUGAGGGGUAUCAGAUGCUAGGUAGGAUCAAUUUCCGUGAGUGUGAACCUGAUGGAUGGACCAAUGAUAUUCCUAUAUGUGAAGUUGUUAAGUGUUUGCCAGUGACACAUCCAGAGAACGGGAGAUUUACCAGUAGUGCAUUGGAACUAGACCAGGAAUACACUUUUGGACAAGUGGUACGGUUUGCGUGCGAUUCAGGCUUCAUGCUUGUUGGGCCUGCAGAAAUACAUUGCUCAACAAAUGGUGCGUGGAGUGGAGAAAUCCCAAAAUGUAUGGAAAUUUCAUGCCAAAAGCCAGAAAUUCCAAAUGGAAGUGCUGCAUCUCCGAAGAAAACUUACAAGGAAAAUGAACGAUUUCAAUAUACAUGUCAAAAGGGUUAUGAAUACAGUAAUAAAGGAGAUGCUAUAUGCACUGCACUGGGAUGGACUCCAAGUCCUUCAUGUAAAGAAAUCAUAUGUGCUUCUCCUCAUAUUCAAAAUGGUGACUAUACACCCAAAGGCAUCACAUACAGAAGUGGAGAUGAAAUCGCAUAUAAUUGUAAAAAUGGUUUUGAUCCUUCAACCCGAGGAAAUAAGGCAACAUGUACUAGUACAGGCUGGGUACCUUCGCCAGGAUGUACUAGGAAUCGUUGUGAUUUUCCAAAAAUAAAACAUGGUAGUCUAUACUAUGAAUCUUACUAUAGACGAGACUUUCCAGUACGUGUAGGAAAAAGAUAUUGGUAUUCCUGUCAUCCCAAUUUUGAGACUGUUUCAAAAGAACGCUGGCAAUAUAUUUAUUGUACACAAGAAGGAUGGUCACCAGAAGUACCAUGCCGCAGACAAUGUAUUUUCAGUUAUUUGAAAAAUGGAAAUUCUCCAAAACAAGCAAGAAAAUACGUACAAGGUGAAUCUGUAACAGUUGACUGCAAAUCUGGCCACAGUCUUCAAAAUGAGCAGACUACGAUGACAUGUACAGAGGAUGACUGGUUCCCUCCUCCUGAGUGUAUUCCUCUCA